UCGGGGGUCGUUGCUGGCCCCGGGCCGAGCGCUGACAGCCGCGUCCCGCCCGCAGGGGAAGCGCAGGAGGCCCUGCAGGAGCGGUACCGGCUGGGAUCGCUGCUGGGACGCGGCGGCUUCGGCAGCGUCUUCGCAGCCACGCGGCUCUCGGACGGCGCCCCGGUGGCCAUCAAACGCGUGCCGAGGGAUCGCAUCCGGCACUGGGGCGAGCUGCCCGACGGCACCAGCGCACCCCUGGAGAUCGUGCUGCUGGCCAAGGUGUCCUGUGGCUGUGGCGGUGUCAUUCAGCUCCUGGAGUGGCUUGAGCUCCCCGACAGCUUCCUGCUGGUGCUGGAGCGUCCGGAGCGGUGCCAGGAGCUCUCGGGUUUCCUGGCGGAGCGGGGGUUCCUGCCGGAGGAGGAGGCGCGGGGGCUGUUCCGCCAGGUGCUGGAGGCCGUGCGGCACUGCACCAGCUGCGGGGUCCUGCACCGGGACAUCAAGCCCGAAAAUGUCCUGGUCGACCUGGCCAGCGGGCAGCUGAAACUGAUUGACUUUGGCUGUGGCGCCUUCCUCCAAGACACAGCCUACACCCAAUUUGCAGGAACCCUGUCCUACAGCCCACCAGAGUGGAUCCAGCACCAACGCUACCACGGCGAGGCAGCCACGAUCUGGUCCCUGGGCCUCCUGCUGUGCCACCUGGUCAUGGGGAAGCACCCGUUCAGGAGGGGCCAGGAGAUCAUCCGGGGGCGGAUCUUGUUCCCACGAUGGCUCUCUCAAGAGUGCCAAGAUGUUAUUAAGAGGUGUUUGUCCAUGCAACCCUCGGACAGGCCAUCCUUAGAAGAGCUUUUCUGUCAUCCUUGGCUGAAGGGUGUUUCCCUGCCCUAG